GUUGCCGUUCACCUCCGCCAUAAAUUUAAUAAUACUUGGAUAUCUUUUCUUGGGGCCAUUUCUUCUUCUGUUAAAAAAAGAGGGUAGUCAUGGCAGACGAGAGAAAGGAACUGGAUUGGGAUUUAUCUGUCAACGUUCCCUCCAAGGGAAUAACGAGGAAACUCCGCGUGACCAGCAGCGAGUCCGUCCAGGCCAUCAUAUAUAAAGUGGCCUCUAAACUAGGUGAGGGUGAUUGGUCUAACUUUGCCUUAUGGUGGCCAGAUAAAGGCGUGUGGCUCAGCAAAGUUCGACAGACGCUUUACUCUUACGGAAUCAUGUCGAAUUCUGUUCUUGAGUUUACUUGUGUCCAGCGUAACUUUAUUGUCGAGCUCCCUGAUAGAACUCGAUACAUCAUGCGUAUACACGUAGCCAUGAUGACUUUUUAUGUCGUGAAGGUAAUCUGUGACACUUUGAAUAUUCGCCAUGCCGAGGAGUUGUCCCUGAUGAGGUCACCUUUUGAUAAAGAGGGCUACGUCAAAGCAACAGGGUAUCACAGAACAAAAGCAAAGAAGACCACCUUGGAAGCAGGACAGUCUGUCGAGGACCCCACUGCCUCUCCCGGCCACAAAACCAAGCUUCCCUCUAGCCUUGACCCUGAAGCAAUGCUUCCAGGGAACGACAUGAACAGUGGGGCGUCCAUUGUCAAGAGGCUACCCGAUGCACCUGAGAACGGGUUCUUUUCGGAUAAAGUCUAUCGCUCGGCUACAGAGAGAGCUUUCAUUAAUGGCCUCUGGUUGAAUUCUUCCAAGACUCUGUUUGAGCAAGAGGUCAAUGAAGGUGACCUACUCUACCUUCGCUUCAGAUACUACCCAUUCAUGGACAUUGACCCCAGGGUUGAUGAGGCUCGCAUUAAUCAGCUGUAUGCUCAAGCUAAGUGGUCCAUACUGGUUGAAGAGGUUGACUGUACUGAGGAAGAGGUCUAUACUUUUGCUGCUCUACAGUUUCAAAUCAAGUUGGCUCAGAGCUCACCUGCCUAUCAUCAAGGUGCUGUGGCUCAAACGAUUGAUGAGCCGGUCACUGACAUCAAUGCAGCCAUUGACCAGCUACAGAUUGAAUUAGGUCAAACCAGAGACACUAACCCUGCUGAGAGUAGAGCACUUCAAUUAACUGGUUAUUGCAAAUUUAGCAAGGGUUCAAGGAUGACUCUCAAAGCUGCCAAGAGGUACUUCUUCCUCCUCAAAGGUACAACCCUCUGCUGCUACAAACAUGAAGACUCUUACACGUCCGGAGAACCACCUCUGCAGCGAUUCAACCUCACAGGUGCUGAGGCAGUUCCUGAUCUUGACCUGACAAAAAGGAAGUAUUGUUUCAAUGUUUUGCUACCCACUUCUGACGAGAAUAAAGAAUUGAGACUUUACUUUGACACUGUUGAUGAAUACUCCUCUUGGAUGGCUGGCUGUAGGAUGGCCAUUAAAGGUCGGCCAUUGGUCAAGCAGGGAUAUGAACAGGAGCUGUCAAGCAUUAAAGCAUUCGUAUCAAUGCAGAACACAUCAGAGGCUGGCCCUUCAGCAACCACAGAUGAGCUUCGUCCAGAGGACUUCGUGAGUCCAAGAAUGCUUAAGAAACACAAACCCAAAGUGAUUGCAAGGCAGAUACUUGAUGCUCAUUCCUCAAUGCUUAACAUGAGUCUUAUGGAUGCAAAGAUGCAGUACAUCAGAAACUGGCAGGCUCUCCAGGGAUUUGGUAUAACUUAUUUUGUUAUUAAAUCAGGAAAAUCAAAGAAAGAUGAGUUCCUUGGAAUAGCCUAUAAUCGUCUUAUUCUAUUUGAUGCCCACACAAUGGAAGAGAAGAACAUCUGGCGAUACAGUGCCAUGAGGUCGUGGAACGUGAACUGGGAGUCAAAGACUAUGAAAAUCGACCACGAGCAGGACAAGAUUUCGUUCACAUGCACUUCUGCUGAUCUUAAGAUUGUCCACGAGUUUAUUGGAGGGAAUAUUUGGCUCUCUCUCCGUAAGUCAGGAGACGAUUUAGACGUCGGGAUGUUUGUGAAGUUGACUGGAGGCGUGGCUUCUAACCUGGAGGGAUGGGGAGCUGAAGUUAUGGCCCAGUUUAGUUAGAGGACUAUUAUUAUUAUUAUUAUUAUUAAAGAUAUAUUUAACCUCUCCUUUGUCUCUUUCUCUCUCUUGAAUCUUCUCUUUUCUGUGAGCGUGUGUUUUGUUUGUUUAGAUGAUUUGAAGGACUUUGAAGUUUUAAAAAUAUUAUUAUUAUCAUGAAUUAUUAUUACAUUAUGUUUCUGUCUUAGCACACUGAUAGUUUAGAUUUUUCUGUGGUGUUCAUUUACUCAUUUUUGGUUUAUCAUGAGAAAAUUGAAUGACAAAA